UAGCCUCUCGAGCAACAUCCCGUGCACGCUCACACGCGAACUUCCGCCACGCGCUUUCCCAAACAUGACUGCGGUUCGUUCCGUAUGAGUUCGGCGGCUUACCACCAAGCCGACGAAGCCGGAAGCCCAAUGGCUCGAAGGUAGGGGAGAACCAUGACCACGCAGCAACAGCCGCCGCUUGGGCCGGCAAGGGUGCCUUAUCUUCCGGUGCCUCCCGACCCAAACGAGGCGGGCAGUGACUACAAGCAGCAUGUCUGCAUUGGCGAUACUCACCAGAACCAAUUGUGGGGCAACGAACCCGUUAAGCCGAAUAGAAAUAUGUCCGCCGAGCAUGAUAUCCACGUCAUGGAGCUCCAGAAGGCAGGUUCUGUCGACUUCACUCGUCAGCUCAAGCGCGAUGAUGUUCCUGAGACCGCAGCGUCGCCUCCUCGCGAAGUGAGCCGCGAUAACGAAAUGAUUUUGACAAAACGUCGAAGCAAAUCCCGCAAGAGACGUAAGAAAAAGCGGUCAAGGUCAAGGAAGAGGAAAAAGUCGAAGAAAAGAAAGCAUUCCAAAAAGAAGUCAAAGAAGAAAUCUAAAAAGAGGUCUACGAAGAAACGGAAGAAACGCAGGAGACAGAGUUCAGGUACAUCCAACACAUCCACAACUCCUCCUUCGUCGUAUACGUCAUCAACGGAUAUGUCAACAGCAAACCUCCCUGGUAAUGUGGUCACAUGGCCUCAAGCUCCGCCACAAGAAGUAGCAGAUUUCCGACGCCUUGAAAGAAAUACGGGCGUGGGUAUCGUUGGUAGAGACGUUACAAAUAUAGGACCAGAAGCGAAAGGCAUGACUCAGCCCCAAUUUACCCAGUUUAUGCAAGUUCAGCAACCGAGACAGUUGCCGAGACCACCAGUGAAGCAGACAGAUGCUGCUGUUCAGCAGUACCCCAGUCUAAGAACGCAAAGUCAUCAAACAGAGGGUAUCGAAGGAGGACGCUCAGCCAAGACCUCAACAUGCAGUGCAAGGUGUAUUGUGUGCUAUGGACAACAGGAGGCGGAAUUUGACCAUAGCUGCUGCCACCCAGAAUUGGUUCGGUAUCAGACGUACAAUGAAGCGGUCCACUUCUACGACCAACAAGGAUUUAGCCUGUGCACGUCUGACGGAUAUUGUGCCCCACAAUAUGAAAUCCAAACCCGAAUAGACAUUGACCAUGGUCAACCAACUGUACCACAAGACUCCUCAGCAGCUCUCUACGGUGCCAAUGCUAGUACGAUAUUCCACCAGGAACUUCGAAGUGUGCCAAACACACCAGUUUUCCCAGGCUAUGCUGCCGGAACGCACACACCGACAGGACUUAGCGUUGCGCCGCUGUCUGAGAAGGUUACUGCUUCAACGUCUACUGAACUCCUCGGCAGGUCGGUUGACACCGACAUGACCACCGGUCUGUUGCCCCGAGCUAACAUUCGGACUCAAGCUUCGGUCCAGUUUGAAGAGGAGCUUGAAAAAGAAAUGUUUGAUAGAGACGUGCUUGAGAAACUUGACACUAUCUUCGAGGCCAGCGCUCAAAGAGCACGAAAGGCCGUGGAUCGCAGCAGGCACCAGUUUGAGCCACAGUGCCAGCAGUACGAGCAUCGCCAACAGUGGCUUCAACCGCAAAGCAGCAGCUCCAGCUUGCAAGGCGAAGUAGUGAACAUGCCGGUCAUUCCUCCAGACAAGCCUACCGGAAAGGUUGUCGACAUGAUCUCUGAUUGCUUCAGGGCGAUGGACGAUGUAGUGCGCGACAAUGUGCUCCCAGACUUGACACGUGGUAGAGGUGGUGUACAGGCCUGCGUCAUCCAGCGCCCUGCAUCCUUUCCUGGUUUAGGUGCACGAGUGGAAGUAGCAGUACAGCGACCUGAGCUUGCUGGGUUAACUUCAACGUGCACAGCUCUGGAAUCUAUCACAGGAAUGUUGCAAGACACAAUUCCAAAGAAUCGUCGGCUGGCCAUCGGAGACUCGUUACGGCUUGCAUCUGCUGGAAAGGGGGACGCUGUUAUCGCGUACGUCGUUGACGUCAUCGCAGAGGAAGCCCAGUUGGACGACGAUCGGAAAAGAAGGCGAAAGAAGAAACGAAGGAAGAAGAAGAAGCGAAGGAAAAAGAAGCGGAGGAAGAAGCGUAAGAAGAAGCGAAGGAAGAAGAGGAAGAAGAAGAGGAAGAAGAGAAGGAAGAAGAAAAGGAAGAAAAAGAGAAAGAAGAAGAAAAAGAAGCGAAAGAAGAAGAAGAAGAAGAAAAAGAAGAAGCCGAAGAAGAAGAAAAAGAAGAAGAAAGCGAAAGCAGGAGGAGGAGGAGAGAGCAGUUCUUCAACGACCACGCCGUCUUCAACAAGCACGACUAGUACAACCACAACAACCAGUGCGACCAAGCCACCAGAAAAAGUGGGAGACGUCAAGUCUGACACGAAAACUGCUUCAACGAAGCCAGACUUGACGUCGAAACCUUCAGGGUCGGGGACCCUUCCUACCUCUAUGUCUCCUUCAGUCUGGGCCCAAACAUCAAUCACGACGUUGACGACUUCAGGUUCCCAAGCGAGUCAAGACAGUCAAACAUUAAGAUCUCGGCGGCGGAGGUCGUUAAGCACGGUGAGCGGCAGCGGAAGCAGUCCUCAGAAGUACCGCUUUGUAACGCACGUGGUGCUGGGCAGCGGGGUUACAUCUUCAGGAGAAGGCUCCUCCUCGAGCACCAGGGCAAGGAUGGAAAGCAGGAGACGUUCUGCCUCUGAAAUUGGGCCCUUCACCGCCAGAAAAUCUCUAAGUUCAUCCUCGCAGUGUACCAACUGCGGCGCCAUGAUGCCGUCACCGGCUGUUGGCCAAUCGCCUGCCAGGAGGUUCUCCUCGCCUACACAACGCAGGCCGCAGCCAUCGCGUUCUUCCGGGUGGAGAAGGCGUAGACGUUCUCCUCCGCGGCAGCCUCCACCACCACCACCACCGGUCCAGGACGACCGGCCAUCCCCAGAAGGGUCGCCAGAGCCAAGACGUUCACGGUCUCGUUCCAGCUCCGGGAGGCGUCGGCGGCCUAGAUCAAGGUCAUCCAGACGGCGCUCCAGAUCGCGUUCAUCAAGGCGACGCCGCAGAAAAUCACGGUCCCACUGUUCGUCUAGCUCUGAAUCUUCAUCUUCGCAUGGCUGUUCCCGCCGACAUAGAUCCAGGAGCAGUCGCAAACGUCCUGCUCGACCGUAUGAUAUUGAUCAACCCAUACCUUCCCCAAUCAAUCUUUUAGGACGAUACUACGUGGAACCGGAGAUUCUCGGAAGACCGGGUAGGCCGAUGUACGCAAGUCCGUUGCCAGGACUGUGGAGACGGGCUGGAUCUUAUCCAUUUCGUAAUGCACGUUCAUAUGAACGAAGUCCUCCCACACUUCCGCGCUACAUAGAUGGCAUUGAUGGCCGCACCGUAUCUCCCCCCCAAGCGCCCGUCGUCGUCGAAUCUGAAGUUGCAGUUUUUCCUCAGAAGUCACUUCAAAACACAGGUGCUCAGACAGUACCGCAACCCACUUCAGCAUCCGUGCAAUGUGUCUUACAAAAUUCUUUGCCCCAAUUAGCAGCGCAGACGCAAGUUAUGCAGCCUCAACUACCCCAGAUGCCACUGGGAAACAUGGCCACUACUGCUCUUCCUGUUGUACAGCUAUCUCCGAUAUCGCUUCCACAGCUCCCAAUGCCACAGGCACCGAUAUAUUCGCAAUCACCCUCCAUAACACCGUACGCCUCCUCCGCGCCCCUGCUUGCCAGUUCUGCGUGGAAUCAAACCUUAUAUCCCAAUACGAUGUCAAGUGGUACAUUUUCCACGGAUGACACUUUGAUCAAGAUGAGCGUAGACACUCAGUCGUCAUCAAGCUACAUGUCUUCUAGUCUAGCUCCAAUGAACCUGUAUCCUAAAGAGCCCGCUGAGUCCUGGUGGUCACCCUAUGGGUACAUGAAGAGAAUGAACCAACAGGGAAACGCUGCAAUGACCUUUAUUUUCCUUGUUGGUGUUGUGGCAUGUGUUGUAGCCAUCCUCAGCCGCUUCGGAGGUGGGCGGGCACCUAUGUUACGUGAGUCUGUGGAUGACGAUGAUGAAUCACGGAUCAUGCAUGCGCCAUGGUUUAACCAAACGGGGGGCGGAACUUUUAUGGAGCCUUACGGACUGUGUCGAACUUUGGAAUGCCGAAGAGAAGGCUUGUUCCUGAAAAGCCUUGUCGACAACGCAGGAGCUUGCACGAACUUCUACGACUAUGUGUGUGCGCGAACCUGGAAGACGCCUGCCGAAGCCGGAGUUUUGUCGUCUGCUGAGCUUAUGGUGAAGGGUGUGGAGUCAUCCAUUAUUAGCUACGUCAAGGCCGGCAACGUGAAAGACACGAUAGUACAAGGAGCCAGGCGCCUAUGGAAGGACUGCAUGGAUGUUGAAGCCAUCGGGAAGCUCGGCAAGAAGCCGCUCACAGGAAUCCUUCACAAGGUCGGGUUGGACGGAUGGCCAUACUUGUUUGCUGCCAAUGUCACUGGAAAAAACGUUUGGCACGUGUCCGGGACAUUGAUACGUCUGCUAAGUCUAAGCACUUUUUUCACUCUCGUCGUUGGACCCAUCACCAACAGCACAGCUCUAGUAACGAUUCGGAAAGGUCCAAUGCAAACGAGUCCUACCUAUUUCCACCACAAUGACACGAUCGAUGAGUUAUUUCGAAGAAUCAAAGAAAGAGUAAGUCUUUUUCAUGUAGAGAGCGAAAUGGAUGAGAUCGUCAAUGAUAUCGCGGCAUUUUCAAGAACUCUUUCCAACCAGAGCGACCCUGAAAUUGACGAUGUGACUAUCAGCAAUCAAACAGAAUUUCAAACCUUCACAUCGUCCGCGUUAUCGGGCAUUUUAGAUCUCAGUAACGGCACCGUAAUAAACAUCCACCAUGAGGAAGCCGUGCAAAAGUUAUACAAAACGAUACGGGAAACGCCACCUAGAACAGUCCUAAAUUACCUGGGAUACGCUGUCGUUGACAAUCUUUGGCUGUUCUCUCCGCAAGGUCAUUUAUCACCGGAACAGAUAAGAGCCAGAGAGCACGACUGCAUUCGUAUGGUGGAGCGGGCAUUGCCGACACAGGUCCACUACAUAGGCUACCUCUCCACGAUGCGUCAGCUUGAUAUUGCCUUUUUCACUGGCUUAGCCCACGACAUAAAGCACAGCGUCAUCCGCUCCGUACGAGACCUGGCCUGGAUGGAUGCGCGCACAAAGACCCACGUCGUCAAGCAAUUGUCAAGUAUGCGAAUCAAACCCUUCUUUCCACAAUGGAUGAUGUACAACCACACGCGUCCUGAAGCAUCUCAUCCGAGCAUCACUCCACUGCAAGUUCUUGUCUCCUAUCAGCAAAUAAUUCAAGAUACCUUCAACAAAUCCAUCAAAGCUAGAGCCACCAACGAGGAAGACUUCUGGAUGGGUUCAGUGUUUGACCAGGACUGCAGAUAUGACGAGGAACGCCAUAUGCUUUUCGUACCACUGUCUGUGGCGAACACCACAAAGGGUGCGACGAAGCUCUUCCUCUAUUUCCACAUACCGCAUGUGGGAGUACGACUUGCGAGAUGCCUUCUUGAGGUCGUAGGCUCUUCAAAACACGGCAAUGUUUUGCGUCAGCGUACAGUUCGGAAGUUGGCGAAUGUCCGCAACUGCUUCGAGGGACCCUACCUUUCUGGAACUGCCCCAGCCCAGGGCUCCAGUAAAAGGCCGCCCAUUACUACUAGUGACGUUUUCGAACACGCCGCCAUCAUACAGGCCCAUCAGGUUUUCACGAACAGUAUUCGUACGAUUAACAAGAACUUUCAAGACUAUCGGUUAGAGAACGCCAAAGACUUGUCCGCUGAGCAACUGUUCUACAUCUACUACACGAGUGGAAAGUGUCAAACGUACGAUACGAAGUACCAAACAUCCCGAAUGUUCAGCCAUGGGGGUCCUAAGUUGGUUAACCUAGUUCUGUCGCACGAUAGCUCGUUCCACAAGGCAUUCAACUGCCGCCAGAAUACGACCAUGAAUCCGGGGAAGAAAUGCUACUUCUGGAGACGAUAGCGCCAGGCUGGAACAGGGAAAAUAGUCUCGCAUUAUGCACAAGUGCAGUGGCAGCGCAAAAGAGAAUAACGUCGACGCAUUACAUCGACUGAGUGUCAUAGUUGCGCAGCGACUUGGAUGAGAAUAAAACAUUCUUGAUUUGUA